AUGGUCCUUCGCAUCCGUCUAGCACGCUUCGGCAACAGCCACAACCCCUUCUACAACAUCAUUGUUGCGCAGGCUCGCUCUGCCCGCGGCGCAAAGCCCCUCGAAGUCAUCGGCACUUACAACCCCAUCCCGAAGCGUCCUACGAAUCUCUACAACGAGAACGCCGAUGCUCGCCCUUACAAAGAAAUCGCACUCGACAGCUCCCGCGCAAAGUACUGGCUCGGUGUGGGUGCACAGCCAAGCGACCCCGUCUGGAAGCUGAUGGGAAUGGCUGGCCUUGUUGCGCCUAAACCUUCUACUCAUCACAAGGCGUGA